AGGGGGAGAAAAAGGAAAAAAAAACAGAGAUUACUCACUCUGAUACACAAAAACGCUACCAAUGACCAAAAUAAAAUCCCAAAUUGAAAACAAAAAGAGAGAGAAAAGGCUUUUUGGAUUUAUUUAUUUUUAUUUGUAUCUUUUUGAAUUGAAUUGAAUCGCCAUAAACCCUAAAAUUCGAAAUGCGAAUGAUGACGUGAGAGUGGCUGGAAACAUGGUUAAGCAACGCGAAACCAACGCGAAACGAUGGGGCACGCUGGAGGAGCUUUUGCUAGCCUCCGCCGUGAACCGCCAUGGGACCACCAGUUGGGAGUCCGUCGCCAUGGAAAUACAAACUAGAUGCUCUCAAUCUCAAUCCCCUUCCUCUUUUCUAACUCCCCAAGAUUGUAGGAAUAAAUUCUACGACCUCAAGCGACGAUUCCUCUCCCAAAACGUCCUCGAUUCUGAUUCCACCUCCCUCAUGUCCAUGCUCGACGAGUUGAGAAAGAUUCGAGUCGAGGAGCUCCGCCGUGAUGUUCAACGUCGGGAUGUCUUGAUCGUGUCAUUGGAAAUGAAGGUGAAGCGAUUGGAGGAGGAGAGAGACCGCAGUUUCAACCAACCCCAUCAGGGAUCUGAUCUGGACACCGACAAAGCGAUAACUAACCUCCACCCUCAACCUCAAAAUCCGGCCGCCUCUGUAGACGAAUCCGACGAUCGCGAGAACCGAUCCCUCAACGAAUCCAAUUCCACGAGUAAAAAACACGAUGUUCGACAGAACGGCGUCGUUCAGGGAAACCCGAUAAUCGAAUCAGUCAAAAUCCCAAAGAUCAAAGAAACCGGGCCGCCCCAAACCGGGAGUGAACCGGGAAGGGAAUGGUCAUUCAACAGCACAGCAGCGGAGCCGGAGCCGGAGCCAGAGCCGGAAAGAGAAAAGAACUCGGCGAUGGGGGGAGGAUAUAAACGAAGGGAAAAAGAAAGAAACUGGGGGAAUUCGAAAGGGAGUCAGACGGCGGUGGGCGAUUCGAACGAAGCGUGGGAAUCGGUGAGCGAGUCGAAGCAAGAAGGGAAAGAGGGGGCGGUGUCGAAGCAGCAAAGCAGCGACGUGCAAAGCUCAGGCAGUUUGUCUCAGAGGAAACGGUGUCGUAACAGAGGAGGAACUAGCAGCGGCGAAGAGCCCGAGGUUUCUCCCGCCAAGCCCAAGCCCUUAGCCGUUAAAUCUGAACCGUUGCUCAAACUCCUCGAGAUCAUUCGCUCCCAUCGGCUUGGCUCUACCUUUGAGCGCCGCCUACGGAGCCAGGAAUCGGAUAGAUACAAAAAAUUGAUUCGGCAACACAUUGAUCUGAGAACGAUUCGUUGUCGAGUGGUUAAAGGUGCGUAUGCGGAUUCAAUUCACCGGUUCUUCCGAGAUCUCCUCCUCCUUUUCAACAAUGCCAUCAUUUUCUUCCACAGAUCUUCCCCCGAAAAUGGUGCAGCACUUAAGCUUCGGGCUCUGGUGUUGAAAGAAAUGAAAGACAAAAUAAGAAACCCCCAACCCAUAGUCCUAAAAUCAAAGCCCAAUCAAGAAGCCGAUCUUUCAUCGUCAAAGCCUACCACCAAGCCAUCUACUACCAUAAUGGGGUGUCGUAAACGCGACUCCGUUGCAGUGGUAUCGGAUGUGGGUGGCAAAAAAACCGAGAAGAACUCUAAAGAUGUUGAAGGGAAACCCAAGGUUGCUGAUUCUUCUGAGAUUAAAAUAUACGAGAAGGGUACAUGGAAGAAGGGCUUGAAUUCGAAAGAGAGACCAAGACCGGCAGGGACUAAUUCAGGGCCGAGAAGCUCAAGAACAUCAUCGACGAGCAAAAACAAUGGGGAAGUGAAGCACGAAUAUGGAGGGAACGAAUUGAGCUCUCAUGAUGGGAUGGACAAGAAAGAGAGAGUGACGAAGAAGAAGCAAGGUGCUGUAAGCUUCUUGAAGAGAAUGAAACAGAAUUCUCCAAGUGAAGGCACAGAUGAAGAUGGUGAAGCUUCAGAGGACGAGAGUUUAAAAGAAGAGGAGGAGGAGGAAGAAGAAGAAGAAGAAGAAGAAGAAGAGAAGAGGAAGGUGAAGAAGCAGAAUGAAGAGAAAAAAGAAAGGGUAAGACGGAGUAGUGGAGGAGGGAGAGGGAAGAGAGGGGUUGGGAGGCCGCCGAAGAAAACUGAAACAGUGACAGUAAAGAGGCAGCAGAGAGAGGAGGUGGGCGGUGGUAAACCCCAGAAGCGUUCAAAGAGAUAGCUUAGUCAUCAUUAUAAUUCAUUCUUAUUGUAUAAUGUAAAUUAUGCAGUUGUCAUACGACUGUUUUCCAUUUUCUUUAGCCUUACAGGUUACUUUCCCAGGGAAACAGGAAAAGGGACAAACGAACGAACCCUCCCUUUUUUGUUUUGUGGCCGCUGAUUCAUCAUAUACAUGUCCAGAUUAAUGAAAUUGGAAGUUUGAUUGUUUUUUGUUCUUGAAUACCACAGAAAGUGAUGUAAAGAAGUGUAUUGAAUGAAUCUAUUAGCCGUGGCUGUGAGAAAGGAAAAAUAUUGUGUUAAAACAAGUUGAGUUGUGCAAAAGACAGAAGUGGAGUUCAAAUUUUUAACCAAUGCCAUGCCAUUCAGCUAUGACAGCCUGGGCCGACCCAGAUUAAGGGGAAAAAGUCUUCCCACUUCACAUGCAAGCCGAGUUCAACUUUUUGAAUGGUUCAGUGGAGAAAUUGAGGUGUACUUCAGUUCAAAAUUUAACAAAUAAUUGCAUCCUAAACCAAAGAUGCAGUGUGAUUUUGAAAGAAGGUACUAAGUUGGCCAAACUUGGGCCGUAUCAGCUCCUCACAUGACCCAUGUGACAAAAGACAAUGUUAACUAUGUUCAUUUUCCAAUGACCAAACACACUUGCCUUGAUUCCCUGCAUUCAAACCCACCAAAAAACACAAAACCCUCUCUUUUUUGCCUCCAAAUCAGAUCUGUAAACUCUCACUCACUAUGAAAAUUCCUCGGAUUGCAGCUCUGGUCUGUUUCUUUGGCUUCAUUCUCAUCUCCAUUUUGAUUUGUUUUCCCAUGAGAAUCCACAAUCACAGAUCUGCUCAUCUUCUUCCCACAGGCCUAAUUGAAUCCCGAAGAUUGCUCCUUUCUUCUCUCUCCUCUUUCUCCACAAAUGGGAGCAAGAUGAAAAAUGGUAGUAGAUCUGCAGAGACAAGUCUAAGAGUGGCGCCGCCCAGCAAAUCAAAUCCCACGCAGAACAAGUAAUGCAUUACUUAGUUUAAUACUCUACACUCAUUCUUGUACAAACAUCUUAGAGUGCAGGUGAAAGAGAGAAGAUUGAAUCAAUCUCUUUUCUCUUUCCAAAUUUUUGCAGUUUCUCAUUUGUUUUUGCUCAUGCAUUAUUGAUUAGUAAGUGGAUGGGGGAGGCUUUUGGAA